ACUAUAAAUAUCCGUAGUGAAGGAAGACGUCAAUACGAGCGCGAUAAAUUGAAGAGAAAUUAAUAAGAAAAUUAACAUCCAUUUAAAAUCUUCAAACGUCCGAUAACUGUCCCGAUAGUUUCUAUUCCACAGACGCGCAUUGCGCGUGGAAAAUAAAAAAAAAGCCAACUUCUCCCUCCCUCUCCCUCUUGUAAUUCGGGACAAAACCAUUAAACACGGUCUUAGGAUCAUAAAGCUGACGGUGUGUACCUCUUUCCAAACAAUUUAAAAAUAUUUACUAUAAUCACACGUAUCCGAGGAAAAUUUAUCGCUCAUCUAUCCCAACUUCAAGCCACGUCACGUAAUUUAUUAUCAUAAGCGCAUUACCAUAACCUCAUCCGAUUUUCAAAAAAAUCCUUAAUUACCAAUACACCAAGCGUUCACGAGCGUUCAUCUACAACAUGUUCGAAACUUUUUACACAGGUAGUUUCACGAACCCACCCUUCACGAUCGAAGAUGAAGCCCUUGGAAUAUACUUAUUUAACGUCUAAUCGAAUUAACCCUCUCUCUGUCUCUCUCUCUCUCUCUUUCUCUCUCUCGUUUCCGCGACUCCUCGUCAACGGCCAUCAUUCAGAAGCGUGCAAUGGUCACGACGUAGUUGUGCUUUCAAAUCUCGAAGGUUGACAGAAGAUCGGUACAUGUCGAUUGUCGAGAUUUACAAUCAUCAAGUAGAGGCGAUGGAGGUGUUGAUCGACUGCUACUUCGACAGGUUGUUCUCGGAAAUGGAUCGAAGUUGUCUGGCCUCACGAUACAAACGUCGCGAGAUGGUCGGCUAUUUCUCGGAUGUGAUUAAUAGCUGUUCGCAAGCUGAAAACCUAGACAAGCAAGACGUCUGCGAGAGGAUAGUGAUGUCCGCCCUCCGCUAUCACAACAUAGCAAUGAUGGAAAACGGAUACGUAUGUCUUCUCGGCAAGUUCCACAACGUUCUUUACGUGGCGGCCAAGCUCUGCUUCGAUUGGAACCUAGACAACAACGAGAUCGUGUCCCGCUUGCUCAACGACAUCUUCUACUGCGAGAAGACGUUCGAGCGCAUCCUGGUGGGUGCAAUUUUCGGCACCCGUGUCACUCACUUCCUGUCCGGGUGGAAGAGCGACUUCGAGGACCGCGAGGAGAACCUUCGCGCCCUCAUGUACUUCUUGCGCCACGCCACCCUAGGCAAAUUGGAGUACCGUUGCGCCUGUUCCCCCGUCAAACAAAGAUUCAUCGACGUUCCCAUGGAAUCUUACGGCCAGGUGUCGCCUUUCAGAGUGGCCAUCCAACACGGCUCGCCGGACAUCCUUUUGAUCAUGCUCCGUUACGGCGCCUCGGUCGAAUGCGACAAACUCGCCCCUACCCCCCUCGAGAUACUGCUGACCAAGCUGAGCGAGUACGACGCCCAGCCGGGCCAGGAGAGGAUCGCGUAUCCGGAACAUUUGCUCCUCUGCCUGAGAUUGGUGCUGAGAACCGUGACGACCGGUUUCGUGAAGACGCCUGAAUACAUUGCCGAGCAGAGCGGCGUGCUCAGCGUUUCCGUUUACGAACAGUAUCCGACUUUGGUCGAGCAGAAGCUGGUGCCGCCCGAGAGGAGCGGCCUUUGCCCCCCUGAAUUGAGACAUCUUUGCCGGUGCCGAAUCAGGGAAGCCCUGUUCGAGAACUGGGCGUUGCCGCACGGGAUACAACAACUUCAGAUACCCGAGUCGUUGAGGAGUUAUUUGGAUCUGCUUCGAGAUUGAGAUUCAGAAAUUUUCAGGGAUUUGAAUUACUAAUCGAGCUCGCCUAUUCUUUUCGGCGGAGAAAGAAUUU